UAGACACGGGCGGGUUUUGGAGGCGUAGCGCGCAGAAGGCGGAAGGCAUCACGCGGUGGGUAGGGCAGUCAAGUGUGGGGACUAGGGCGCGCUGGGACCCGGGCGUCCUCUUCCCCUGGCAUACUGGCUGCGGACUCUUCUUCCCAAACCCCUUACGCGCGUGAGCAGCCAACCAAUGUGGAACAAUGGCACUGAGCCACUCGGUGAAGGAGCGAACUAUCUCUGAGAACAGCCUGAUCAUCCUGUUGCAGGGCCUCCAAGGCCAAAUAACCACCGUGGACCUUCGGGAUGAGAGUGUGGCCCGAGGACGAAUUGACAACGUGGAUGCUUUCAUGAAUAUCCGCCUGGCCAACGUCACCUAUACCGACCGCUGGGGACAUCAGGUUGAGUUGGAUGACCUUUUUGUGACAGGUCGCAAUGUCCGAUACGUCCAUAUCCCAGAUGGUGUGGACAUCACUGCUACUAUUGAGCAGCAGCUGCAGAUUAUCCACCGUGUGCGCAACUUCGGUGGCAAGGGUCAAGGUCGUCGAGAGUUCCCCUCCAAAAGGCCAUGAGACUGUGUCCUCAUUAAAGUUCCAGCACCACCUCAGGGACCUCCAGUGUUCUGAGCUAACUCCCUGCCAUCCUUUCCCACCAGAUACAGACAUGUCACAGCUGCCUUUCAUAGGGUUCCACUUUUCAGACACACCCUGGGACCCAGAAUUCCUUCUGCUGGUGGCCUUGGGGUAGGUGACAAUCCCUCUUUUUGAUCAUUUGUAUCUGGAAUCUCCAUUCACUGAUUGACCCCGUCCAUCAAGAAGUCGUAAACUCUGGCAGUGAGCAUUACUGAGAGUGCUUGGAGUGAGUCACCUCUAACGUCCCAUUUCUUUUGGCAUUUGUUUCUUUUCUCAUAAAACCAAACUCGGAUACAC